AUGAAGGGAUUACACGGAGGUAUCCCCAUCGCGGUCCUUGCCGCCGUGGCUAGGGCUCAGGUCGAUGUGAUCGGCGGAUCUGACGGCUUCGACUCCGGCAACGCGGGAGGUGUUAUCACCGAGAAUGAUUUUGGCCGGGCUACCCAUGAGGUGAACAAGGAUGACCACCACGUGGAUAUCAACACCAAGACCAAGGUCGAUGUGGAUUACGACGCCUACCCCGACCCGUACUGGCACCACUGGCACCCGGAUGGUCGGCCUCACUGGCGCCGUGGCCACGGGGGUGACACCACUGUGAUCGGAGGGCCCAAUGGUAUCGACACCGGAAAUGACGCAGCCUUGCCCACGAAGAAUGAGGCCGUGUCCAGCGUCAAGGAAACGAACCUUGACGACCACUCCGACCAUUUGAAGGCCAGCGCCAAUGUCGAUGUGAACUCGCACUGGCACCAUUGGAAGCGUCAGCCAAGCCGCUGGAACCCGCCUGCCACCGUGAUUGACGGCCCUGGCGGCAUUGACACUGGCAACAGUGCUUCUCUGCCGACUACCAACAAGUUUGCCUCGUUCUACAAGGAGCACAACAAGGAUGACCACUCUGUCGACAUCGACCAGAAAUUCAAGUAUGACUACGAUGUGCACGGCCACCCUUACCCAGUACCCGUGCCUGCGCACCCCUGGAAGCGUGACCCCAGCCACCACCACCCGCCUGCUACUGUGAUCGAUGGUCCUGGCGGUAUUGACACUGGCAACAGUGCUUCUCUGCCGACUACCAACGAGUUUGCCUCUUUCUACAAGGAGCACAACAAGGAUGACCACUCUGUCGACAUCGACCAGAAAUUCAAGUAUGACUACGAUGUACACGG